AUGCUGUCGCGUGCCUCACUGUGUCUGAUAGUGCAGAUGGCGGUACGGCUUGACGAACGACGGUACACGUCGCCGGGCUCGGACCUAUUGCUCUCGUUUCAGGUGCCGUUCGUCAAAGCGACCUCCGAGCCUCGCGGUCUGUGGACAGACGGCUGCUUCGAGCACUACCAUCAGCACGUGGACCGCUCGGACGUGUACAACCCGCCGCAGCAGUGCUUCAUUCACAGCUGUCCCUACAUCGGCUUCUUCCGUUACUUCAACCACGUGUGCAGCCUGUGCGAGUCGCUGACCUCGUUCGGACACUGCGUGUACGAUUUACGAUUCUCUGUCGUUCGCUGUCGUUCGUUGCCUUUUGGUCUGUGCCCAAAAUGUGUGAGCCUUUUCAGGGAGCGCUGUUUCGCGACUGACGCGUUCCGCACCUGCUUCGGCCUCUUCCACACCUACGGCCAUCUGCCGAACGGCCAAGUGAACGUCACCGACAAGCUGUUGUUCUGGACGCGUCGCCGGUCAGUCAUGGACACCGUUUGGACACAGCUUCCGUUUUACCACAAGUGCAGCCAAGAUCCAAACGUAGUACGCUUAGGUUAA